CGCAAAACGAGAGAGGAGAGAAAAUGGAGGCCGCUGCAGUGUUGGGAGCGAGACCAUCUGUUUCAUCAUUUUAUCUUCAUUCACAAACUCAGAGGCAUUGCAGCUUAUACGUCGUCUCCCAGAAGCCUACCCUGCGCUCCGACUACCGCCGCCUAGCAGCUUUCCACUCACCGUCCAAUCUUUUCUCAUAUUCGCCAUUUCGUCCUCAUGCUCGCAGCACCAAACCCCGCAUCUUCCUUCCCCACUUGGUUGCUUCCAUGGAGCAGGUUGAAGAAACUUACAUCAUGGUCAAACCCGACGGCGUUCAACGGGGCCUCGUUGGAGAGAUCAUUUCUAGGUUUGAGAAGAAGGGUUUCAAGUUAACUGGCUUGAAGCUAUUCCAAUGCCCCAAACAAUUGGCUGAGGAGCAUUAUAAGGAUCUCAAGGAAAAGUCAUUCUUCCCGAAACUAAUUCAAUACAUUACUUCUGGUCCGGUUGUUUGUAUGGCUUGGGAAGGUGUUGGUGUUGUUGCUUCAGCACGUAAGCUAAUAGGGUCAACAAAUCCCCUUCAGGCAGAACCAGGCACAAUCAGAGGAGAUCUUGCAGUUCAAACAGGAAGGAAUGUGGUUCACGGGAGUGAUAGCCCUGAGAAUGGAAAACGUGAAAUAUCUCUCUGGUUUAAAGAAGGUGAAUUAUGUGAAUGGGCACCUGUACAAGCACCAUGGCUGAGGGAGUGACCUUUUGACAGGAACAGUUAUCUUGAGCCUUCCAGUUUUGAAUGAGUUCUCUCUUCCAAUCACUUAUAUUUUAUCAGAUAAAUUCUUCAUUUGUGUGGCCCCUAACAAUUCAAUUGAGGCCAUGUGAAAUUGCCAUUUUUCCAUCAGUGAUGUUGUAUGAGAAAUGUUUGGAAAUUUUAAGCUUUAAUGCUUUCUUGUCCUUGA